UAACUCUUGAAGAGCAGACAGAAUGUCCGGUUUGGAGUCUUACAUUAACCACACAGUCUCAAUUAUUACGGCGGAUGGACGGAACUUCAUAGGCACGUUGAAGGGUUUCGAUCAGACAAUCAACAUCAUCAUUGAUGAGUGCCAUGAGCGCGUCUUUUCCACAACGUCGGGAAUCGAGCAAAUUGUGCUCGGCCUCCACAUCAUCCGAGGCGACAAUAUAGCAGUGAUUGGACUGAUAGAUGACACGGUGGACUCGCGCCUGGAUUUGGCGAACAUACGCGGCGAGCCGCUUGGACCGGUUGUGCAUUAACUGAAGUAGCUCUUAGUUCAAAUAAACUCAUCAAAUUUUAUACAUAA